GCACUGUGGAUCCAGACACUGGACAGCUGACUUCAGAAAUGGAACCAACAGUUCAUGGCUUUUUCCCUCUAAGAAGCUGCCAUGUUAUUAUGUUUGAAGAUUAUGGAGACUUGUUUUCCCCUGUAUUUUUGGGCUCAAACCCACCUCCUGUCUGGUGCAACUGGACUAUUGUGGCUGACCAAGGGAAGAAAAUUAUUUUGCACUUAUACCAGUUUGCAUCCAAGGAAAACUGUGAGAUGAAUGAAGAUCAAAUCAUCUUUGAGGAGUUUCCUGCUAGGAUGGAACAGCAUACAUUGAGUAGAUGCUGGAACGAACAGAUUUACACUUCUCGGUCCAAUAUUCUUUAUGUGUUUUGGCUUUCCAUGGGCAGUCCAAGCAUUGGUGAUCAGGGAUUCUUUGGGAAUUACGACACCUUUGAGGACGACCUGCCCAUAGAGAAGACUGUGUUUCCAACAGUACAUCAGAUUAGGGGCACUCCCCCAGUUGAAGAUCGAGAAGAUCACAUCAGCAAAAAUCUUAAGGCUAAGAAGAGUUCUGUGGGGAAUGAGAUGGAAGAAACUACAGAAAAAAAAAUUAUGCAAAAUCUUACACCAUCUAGGACAAGUGUGUACAUUGAAUCAUCUUCCUUUUUAUUGCAUGAAGAGAGAAAUCAUAUUCCUAUUCUUCCCCUUGGGCAGCUCGAAAGUUUUGCAAAUGCAACUCUGUAUUUGAGCCCAACGUCACUUCUGACACAAAACGCACAGAGUGAAGCAUUUAGCACCAAAGACCAUGAAGAUAUUGGCAAGACUGUCCACCCUGGGCACACUAAGCUUUAUAAGCAACUGACAACUCAAAGUGAAACUGAAUAUCUUGAAAGCUAUAAACAUGACCAACGUCCACAAAUGAUCACUACUCCAAGUGCAAUAGAAAGCCAAGCAGAAUAUGCAGAAAGCAGUCGUGACCAACAUUCACAGAGAAUUACUACUCCAAAUGCAAUGGAAAGUGAAACUAAAUAUGUACAAAAGGAUAAACAUGACCAGCAUUUACAAAAGAUAACUACUCCAAAUGAAAUGGAAAAAGAAUACCUAGAAAACUAUGAACAUGGCCAGCAUGCAGAGGAAAGGGAAAAAGAUCAAGAAAACAAACAUGACCAGCAUUCACAAAUGAUUACUAGUCCAAAUGAAAUGGGAAAUUUAGAGGAAUAUUUUGAAAGCUAUAAACAUGAUCAGCAUGCACUAGAACGUGAAACAGAAGAUCUAGAAAACUAUCCACAUCAACAAAUUACUACGCCAAAUGCAGUGGAAAGUGAAGAAGAAAAUCUAGAAAAUAACUGGCAUGUAAUGGCUGGUAAAGCUGUAAGCAAGAGAUUCCACAUAGUUAAACCUACUGAGAGUGAGACUUUGCUCAAAACUGUUCAUUCUGAUACCUUUCUAACAGUCCUGCAGUCAAAACUGCCUGAAAUCCAGUCUGAGGCUUUGGACUUGGCAGAUUUGGAAGGAACGGCUGCUUCUGAUUUAAGAGGUUACUUUGAACUUGAACCAACCAGAGUCCAGUCCUUCUCUUUGAAAAGUAUGAUGUUUCUUGGGAUGCAUGACCCUCCCACUGAAGAAAGAUUUGUAGUAGAUGCACAGCCUCAAAGUAAAGCUAGGCUGGAAGACAUGGAUGGUGUUUGUAGUUCUUGUGAAUCACCCAGAGUGUUUGUGGCAGCUACAAGUGGAGAAGAGAUUGUAGAAAGUUCUAUGAGCCCUACUUUGUUUACAGAAAAGUUCAAGCAGUCUCAAACCUUUGCUGACAAAAGCAAUAGUGCACCAUACCUUCAGAUAUUGACCGCUAAUUAUCUGGAAAUGUUGGAAUCCAAUCAAACAUUCAAAAACACCCGUAACUCCACAGAAGUGUCCCGGCUAGUCUUUCAAAGCAGGUUUGAAAGUCUAGAUGGUGCUGAAGACAGUGAAAUAAGUACCAUGUUGACUAAUCGUGAGUCCAAUUACACGAUUAAUGGAGAUCAAACCGGUUCAGUCAGCCCAGAACUUUUAGAGGAGGCUCCUGAAAUUAACCAACAACUAAAAAUCACAACUUAUCCAUCUGAAUCUAAUUCAUCUUUUAAGCAAGGUGGCAUUGAAGUACAUAUACAGACUGGGAAACUCUGGACCAAUGCAGCUUGGGAUGAAUUGGUUGGAACCACAGAUUCUAGUAAUAGAAAUGAGAGAAACUCAUUUGCAGUGACGAGAGUGGAUGGUGCCAGUCCUCUAGAACCACUCAAUGAAAACCCUUCCUCAGUAGCACAUGCAUCUAAUGUCUUUGAUGGUGCUUCCAGAUCCCACAGAAAUGUUACUCCGCUUGCUCAUUUUCCUGGAGAAUAUUUGUUUGAAGUCUCUAUUGAAAUGCAAAUUAAUCACACUGGAAGCGAGAACUUGGAGGAUUUGGAAAGGACACUCUUGGCAUUGUUGGAGAAUCUGAUAAAAGAUGAUUUGAAGCAUUUGCAUCCACCCAAAAGCAUCACUUUGAAAAGAGUUAAAAGAUUGAAAUCGGGUCUUCUGUUCAUAUUCUGGCUGCACUUUGGCUUUGGAGAGAGACGCAUACAUUUAUCGAUUCAGUCUUGCUUGCAGAGACUUGUGAAUAGGCCUGUGGCAGAGCUGGGAACCAAGAAUGCUUUUGUGAGUUCAGUAUCAACAGAAGAUGUGAACGAGUGCAGUACUGAGAUGCUGCUGUGUGAUGCCCAUGCCGAUUGCUUCAAUGAUUUUGGCAGUUAUACAUGCCGCUGUCAGGACGGCUUUGAAGAUUGGUCUCGCACAGGCUCGGGUGGCACAAUUUGUGUUAAUGUUGCAGGUUCCAAGUCACCCACCCUCUUGGAAGCCUUAACUGGCUUUGGAUUUCUGUUAACUGUGUUUCUGCUGCUUUUCAUGGUUGUCUUGGCUGUUUUUCUUUAUAAGAGACAGCAACAAGGAGAAUGUGUUCGUUGUGACGAUCUGGAAUCUGCAGUAUCACAGCAGUGUUUGCAAACUCGCAGAGGUGGACUUCAUCAAAAGGGUGACUUGGCUGAGCCUAAAGAGUGUGGCCCUACAGAAGGUUUGCCUCUUACUCAGUUUAAGUAUUUCUGUGGCUCAGGAAGAACUGGUUAUGGAAUGUCUGAAAACACACAGGGAGAUGAUGAACAUGCAAGAUUAUAA